AUGUCAGAUACCUUACCCAGAUCGGAUGAUUUGGAAGCUACAUGGAACUUUGUUAAGCCCGGAAUUGAUCAGAUCUUAGAUCGUGAUGGAACUUCGAGUUUGAAAACAAAUCGGGUGCAGAAAGUGCUUUCACCUAGAAUGUAUAUGGAAGUUUACACUGCGAUUUACAACUAUUGUGUGAAUAAAUCCCGUUCUACAGGUCAUUUCCAAUCAGACGUAAUUGGAAAACAAAUGAAUCAAUCAUCGAUUCUUGUUGGUGGUGAAAUUUAUGAAAACUUGAAGUCAUAUUUGAAAGAUUACAUAGCAAACUUGAAGAAAGAUGAUAAUGAAACGUUCUUGAAUUUCUAUGUGAGACGUUGGGAGAGAUUUACCAUCGGUGCAAUCUUUUUGAACCGUGUAUUCGACUACAUGAACCGUUACUGGGUUCAAAAGGAAAGAAGUGAUGGUAAAAGACAUAUUUUCGAUGCACAUACGUUAUGUUUGAUGACCUGGAAAGAAGUUAUGUUCGAAACACACAAAACAGAAUUGGUCCAUGAGAUUUUGGAACAGUUGGAUUUGCAGCGUAGAGGGGAAUUAGUCAACAAAACUGCUAUAACAGUUGCAAUCAAAUCAUUCGUCAUUCUAGGGAUUGAUCCUUCAGACUUGAAGAAGUUAAAUCUAAACGUUUACAUCCAAAACUUCGAACAACUCUUCUUACAAAACACCAAGGAAUACUAUACCAAAAUGUCAAAUGAGUUUUUACAAACUCACUCUGUGUCUGAGUACAUUGAAAAAGCAAACGAGUGCAUUACUUUUGAAGAAAAGGAUAUGGUCCUUUACUUGGAUUCUCAUACUACAGCGCCACUAUCUGCAGCAUUAAACCAAGUUCUCAUUGCAAAUCACGCCGAGGAACUAAAGAGAGAGUUCAUAACACUUUUAGAUAGACAAGACCAAAGAUUGAUCAAACUAAUAUAUGAGCUAAUGAAAAGAGAUUAUAGAAUGUUGCCUGAUUUGGUGGAUACCUUUGAUACUUACAUCAAGAGGGUUGGUAAUGAGGAAAUUGAUAAGUUACUUGAAGCUCACCAAAGAAACGAAGCUAAUGAGCCACACUCUAGAAAGCAAGCAGGAUUACCCCCAAGAGAUUACUUGCACUGUUUGAUCAGGGUAUACAAACUGUUCUACAAUAUAACAAUUGACUGUUUCGAUAACCAUCCAGCCUUUGCAAAAGCCUUAGAUUAUGGGUGUCGAUGCUUCAUAAACAAUAACUCAUUUGCACUUCCACCAGGAUCGCCAAAAUCGGCUACUUCUAAAACACCAGAAAUGUUGGCAAAAUACAGUGACCAACUAUUGAAAAGAUCAACCAAAAAUGCUGAGCAGAUAGAUUUGAAUGUAGAUGACAUUAUGACUGUGUUCAAAUUUUUAGCAGACAAGGAUGCAUUUGAAAUGCACUACCGGAAAAACUUAGCCAAGAGGUUAAUCCAUGGAUCAUCUAAGUCAGAAGCAGAUGAAGAGAUUAUCAUUCAAAGGUUGCAAUCUGAGAAUAGUCUUGAAUAUACCAGCAAGAUUACCAAGAUGUUACAGGAUGUCAAAUUGUCUAAAAACUUACAUGAUGAGUUUACAUCCUUCAUUGCACAGGACAGUGACAGCUCAAAUACGGCGCGCGAAAAAAUUCCUGAAUUGGAACCUUUGAUUCUAGCAGAUAAUGUUUGGCCAUUCAGCUAUCAGCCAACCGAAUUUACACUUCCACCAAUUUUAGAGAGUAGUAAAAAUAAACUAGAAGCCAUGUAUACUGAGAAACAUUCAGGCAGAGUUUUGAAAUGGUUGUGGCCAAUGUCUCGUGGUGAGAUCAAGGCACAUAUAGGGAAGCCGGGGAAGCCACCAUUUUUGUUCACCGUAACGAUAUUUCAAAUGGCAAUCCUAGCACUAUUCAACGACAUUUCAACACUAACCUUUGAACAAAUACAGGAGAGAACUAAUUUGAAGGCUACUCAAAUUGCAUCUAAUAUAUAUCCAUUUGUGAAGAUGAGAUUAUUGACACAGUCGCCAGAAGGUGUUGACAACAUGAUUCGUCUAGACACCAAGUACACGUUAAACAAGCCUUACAGACUAUCUAAGACGAGUGUAAACUUUGCAGCAGCUGUGAAGAACGACCUAACUUUCACAUCGGGCAUCAAUGGCUCCUCUUUGAAUGAAGACGAGAUCAGCGAACAGAAGACAGCCGAAAAGGAAUUAAACCAACAAAGAUUGAUGUUUUUACGCGCUUGUAUAGUAAGAAUCAUGAAGGCCAAGAGAAGACUACCGCACACGUCGCUCAUGAAUGAAUGUAUUGCCGAAUCGCAACAGCGCUUUAACGCGAAGGUACCCAUGAUCAAAAAGGCCAUAGACAAUCUAAUCGAACAAGAGUAUUUGAAAAGAACCGACGAUGGUGAAUGCUACGAAUACCUUGCAUAA